UAAAUCAUUAGCUACCAAACGCUAUAAAUGGUUUUGGGCUUUUCUAAGUUUGAGUUCAACAAGAAGGCCUAGUAAAUUAUAGAGUUUUGGGGGGUUUUGAUUGUUUGUUUCUUUGUUUUGUUUCCUCUCUAUAAUGGCUGUAUCUCAGGAGGCUAGAGCCAGUGGGAGUGCUAGCAGCAGCAGAGAUGGGCAGCAAUGGAAGGAGCCUCUGACUGAAGCGCUGUUCAAUUCAUUCUUCUUGCCAAGGAGAGAUGUAUUGGAUACUUUUUUCAGGUCUGGGUACUUGUUUGAUCCUUUCUUGUUUGGGUUUUUCAUGGAUCCUUCUGAGCCAUUUGCUUUGUGGAGUACUACACCCCAGGACAUUUGGCCCAAAGAGACUGUGGCACUCUCCAAGUCUAGAGUGGAUUGGUUUCAGACAGAUGAUAGCAUCAUUCUCUGCUGUGACCUCCCUGGGAUGAAGAAAUAUGACAUUAAUGUGACCGUGGAGAAUGGUCAGAUUUUGAAGAUAGGGGGGGUGUGGAAUCACAGAGCAGAUGAUAUAGAAGAAGGUGAUGGUGAGUGGUGGAAAGUGGAAUAUAUGAGAAAAUUUCUGCUUCCCCAAAAUGGAAAUAUUGAACAUGCUCGUGCUAGGAUGGAUGAUGGUGUUCUUGAUCUCAGAAUACCCAAGCUUAAGAAUAAGACUGCUAAAGGAGCAUCUUCCACUUUUAAAGUGGUAGAAGUUACAGAUUAAGUAAUGUAAAUGAUAAGAUUAGUAUAAAGAUAAGAUUAGUAUAAAGAUAUAUUGGGAGUUCUAAGUUUUGAAGUUCAAGAUUCAAUAAUAAAUCUAUGUAAUACGGAGUGAUGAUAUUUAUAUCGCAAUUUGAUUGUAUAGUUUUUGAGUCAAAUGUACCGAGUUAUAUUU